AUGUCAACUCAAUCAGUUCAAACUUUCGGUAAAAAGAAAACCGCUACUGCCGUUGCCCAUGUCAAGAACGGUAAGGGUUUAAUCAAAAUCAACGGUUCUCCAAUCACUUUGGUUCAACCAGAAAUCUUGAGAUUCAAAGUCUACGAACCAUUGACCUUGGUUGGUUUGGACAAAUUCCAAAACAUCGACAUCAGAGUCAAAGUCAACGGUGGUGGUCACAUUUCACAAGUUUACGCCAUCAGACAAGCCAUUGCUAAAGGUUUGGUUGCUUACCACCAAAAGUUCGUUGACGAAGCUUCAAAGAACGAAUUGAAAAAGAUCUUUGCUUCAUACGACAAGACCUUGUUGGUUGCUGACUCAAGAAGAAUGGAGCCAAAGAAGUUCGGUGGUCGUGGUGCCAGAGCAAGAUUCCAAAAAUCUUACCGUUAA